CGCCGGGGUCCUCGCCGUCCGUUGCGCCUGCCCCACUGCUCCGCCCCGCCUCGCCGCCGGGCCGCCAGCGGGGUAUGGUGACGGCCUUCGCCUGAGGAGCCGGGCCCUAGCGGGAGGAGAGCGGGCGCCGGUCGCUCGUCUUCGUCGCGCCGCCAUGGAGGAGGACCGGGAGCUGGAGAGGAAGGCUGUGGAAGAGUUACUUAAAGAGGCAAAACGUGGGAGAACCAGAGCUGAAACAAUGGGAGCUAUGGGUUGGUUGAAAUGUCCUCUUGCUGGUACAAAUAAAAGAUUUCUUCUUAAUACCAUCAAAAACACGUUACCGUCUCAAAAAGAACAAGACCAAGAAUGUGAGGAAAAGGAGGACAAUAAGGAGCCUGAGCCAAACAAAAGCAGGAAAGAAGAAAAACCAAAGAAACACAGAAUUCACCCAUAUACACCCAGCUUUCAGUCCAGACGUAGAGUCAGCUACUCUCCUCCAAGGCACCGAAACAGGAACCAGCACACAAAGGAUAAGCAUGAAAAGUGAUCAAGCAAACGAUGGGGAGAGGAGAGUGCCGAAUACAUGGUGUUACAAGCUGGGAAUGUCAUUACGAAUCGGACUGCAGGGAUUGUCUCGCUUUUUCAGGAAAAGGUGCUGUUCAAAACUGAAUUUUGAACAGUUGCGUGUGUGAAAAGUAACCUUGAGGUAGCUUUAGAAAACUGUUCUUUGGGAUCUUUAAGAGAAAAGCAAAGUGCAGCAUAAGUCUUUCAGCUGUUUUAGAACAGACGUUCCUUUCCCUUUGCUUCAUUCCUCUCUCCCCUUUUGACUAAGCUUAGGGUCUUAGUGAUGGAGUGUGAUACACGUGUCACUGUCCGAUACAACUCAUUUAGUCAUGUCACUCCUUUGGAAAUAAAUUUAAAUUAAGCAGAAAUCUAUUUAUUGUGUAAAGUUGGAAGAACUUCUUUGCUGCUAACUGAUAAAGAAGUUUUGCGUGUUUGAGUUAGUUUAGUUACAGAAUCUAGAAGAAGGGAAAGCUGGUCAGUGCCUGACCAAGCACACGCAUUUUGUAUAGGGUAUAAGAAUUUGCUUUCUUUAGUAUAAAAAGAACAAAUUUAAAAUGGGCAGUGCUGGUUUUGCUUUCCAGGAGGGACUACCAGGAAAGACUGAUUUUGCUUGUUAUUGUAUAUUCACAAACCUGUCAUAGAUAAUAAUAAACUUUACCCCUAAAAAGCCAUAACUGCAAUAAUUGUCUCUGUUUAGACUUCCCUCUGGAAGGAAGUAGUUUGAACAGUCUGUUGUCAUGGUGCUUUCAAAACAAACCUUGAAGACAAAAUUACCUGUCCACUGCUAGAAAGUUACCAAGUAAGUGUGUAAUACUAGAAAUACAGAGGUGAUGCUUCAGUACAGUAAAUACAGCCAAAUGCUCACUCUCCAAGCCUGUGUGACAGUUCUGUAGUGGUACAGUUCUUAAACAUGUGACUUGGGGCACACGAGAUGCACGUAGUAAUGUUCAACAUCUCACUUGUGUUUGCGUUACGGUAACAAACUUCUGUGUGAAAUAUUUUGUACGUCGGUAUUCUCAAAAACUAGUUGUUUUGAACAUAGGUUUCCGUUUUUAAGUGUGUUGACAAUAAAUCAAAAAUGCUCAUUCGAA